GUGGCAGUUAUAAAAGGGAGGGGACAUCAAUUUUCCAAUGUUUUCAAUGAUGUGAAACGUUGUUCAACACAAAAUGGACAGAAAUUUAUUGAUUAUCAUUUUUGCCGCUGCGUUUAUUGCUAGUCUUAUGUUUACAUCAUAAUUUCAGUAAAAAAAGUUUAGUGAAAAUUGUUUUGGGUACGAAACUGUUUUUAUAUUUUUUUAUUUAUUUAAAAUAAUUAAAUUUGGUGUAUUUACCAAACGCGCGAGUUGUGAUUGCUAUUUAAAAUAACUCAUUUCAAAUGCAAUUGUAUCGCGUUAGUAACAGAUUUUGACGACUGUGACGUUUAUUAUUGUAUAUUUUUAAAUUAUUCUGAAAGAUAUAUCACAUUUAUUUUAAAAAUUUUAACGAAAAACGAAAGUAGAGAUGGCUUCUGCAAGUUCAAUGUCUAAUAAUGUAGAAAAUUUAUCACCACAAAUCAUACGAGGAGUUGUAAAAGAAAUGCAGGAAUUAGUAGGCUGUCCACCUGAAGGAAUAAAAGUUCAAAUCAAUGAAGAAGAUGUUACUGAUAUACAAGCAGUUAUUGAAGGCCCUGCUGGUAAGUAA